CUCGGACGCAUUUACACUACCAUCAGCAUGAAGCUUUUCUCGCUCUCGACGCUUGCGCUUGCGGUUCUUGCCGUCGCGUCCGCCCAGCCCACGACGACGACCAACGUCUCGGUGCCCGAAGCCGGCGUGGCGUCCGACAUCCCCGUCAUCGUCCAGCUCGGCCAAGACGCCGUACUCGAUAUCACCAACCUCAUCAACGACUUCAAGGCCAUCAAGGCCAGCGGCUUCACGCCCGACCUCGUCCAGCAAGCGCUCGGCCACUUGCAGAGCGCGAUUGGCCACGGUGUCCGCGACGUUGCCCAAGCCAAGACGAUCCUUGAAAACAUCAAGAACCUGCUCCAGAACGGCGGCACGCCGACGGACGCGGCCGAGAUCUCGACCGCGCUGCAGAAGAUUGUCCAGCUCUACUUCCCGACCAAGAUGCCGACCAACUCGACGCUCGCCGACGACAUCCAGAAGGCGUACGCCAUGGGUGCCGAGCUUCGUACCGACUUUGAAGCGAUCGUCAAGGACCUCCAGCGCAUCGCGGCCGGCGGCUUGACGCCCGAGCUCACGCAGUCGAUUCUUGGCCACCUCGAAACCGCGUGGAACCACGGCCUUAAAAACCUCAAGGACGGCAAGAAGAUCGUCGACGACAUCAAGGCGAUUGUCCAAGGCGGUGGCAUCGACAUCAAGGACGGCGUCGCCAUCACGAACGCGAUCCAGUCGGUGCUCCAGCAGUUCCUCUUGACGCUCGACCCGAACCCGAAGGUGUGCAUCCGCGACGGCGUUGGCCGUGGCUUUGGCACGCCGGUUGUCAACCAGCUACGAGAAGGUCGGCUGCUGCAUCUGCCGUAA